AUGAUGCGCGACGAGGCCCCCUCUAGCAGGUCCUCGGAACGGGGUCGGCAGCAACGCGAGUUCGAGGACAUCCAGCACUCCAUGCAGCGCAUUGAGAAGCUGCUGCACCGUGGCCAGAGGCUCCUCUACGAGGAGGACGGCAAGGCGCCGGCCCACGGCGCCGCCGGCAGGGGCGGGGCAGCGCGACGCGGCGGGGAACGCGGCCCCACAGCGCCGCCCGGUAAGCCGCAGCGAUUCGGCCCGACGCGGCAGCCGGCGGCCCAAGUGGCGCGCGGCCCGGCGCCGAAGGAGCGACAACACCGCGCGGUGACGACGACGACGGCGCCCGCGCGCCAGCGGGAACGCGUCGCCGAUGCGGGGCCGGGGACGGGCCCAGCCGUGCGGCGCCGAGCGGCGGAGCCUCGCGGUCAAGCGGCGCGGCACCCCACGAGCCACCCCCACGGCGCCUCGAUGCACGAGGAGGCAGACAGCAGUGACGAGUUCGAGGACAUCUCCAUCCCCGAGCUCCGCGAACGCAUCCGUAGGGAGUUGGAGGCGUAUCGUCUCAACCGGCGCCCGCCGCCGGCGUGGCCCGCAAGCGCCGAUUCCCCACCGCAGAAGGUGAAGCGUCUUUCCGCGCCGCACGACGAAGCCGCGCAGGGCGCAAGCGUGAAAAUGACGCCACCGCAGGCGACGCCGCUGCGCCGUCCACGGGCCGGAGGGGCCGCGGCAACCGGACCCCCCGCACGCGCGGCCCACAACAGCAGGAACAGCCCCCUGCACGCGGAGCGCAGAAUCUCAGCGUGGAAGCGGCUGUACGGCGAUGCCCAGCGGUUGCAAGGAAAACUGCAACAGCCGGCGGCAAAAUCGUCAGUGGGAGAGUUUGGCGCCUCGUUCAAGGCGGCUCCCGGUGAACGGGCUUCUCUGAUGAAGCGCUUUUCGUUAAGGAACUCGAUGACCGCAGCAUCGUCCCCGGCAAAGCUGCAAACCCGCGUUGGGCAACAAGCGGGGCUGAACGGCUCGCACCAGCGACAAGGGGUCUACUCGCCGGCGUUGGCGGGGAGGUUCAGAAAUCCGUCGGAGAACAGGGAGGCACGAAACGUUUCCGCGCAGGUGGUGGUCCACCGGCGGCCGAAGGCAGAGCGCAACGGGAAAAAGCAGAAGGAAAAGGGAGCAGCCCAGGAGAGUCACCGCGAUCCGUGGGAGCACGCGGGAAAGUUUGGGGCUGCAGUGGCGCGGGAGACGACGAAGGACGCGAAGGAACUGGAAGCGGUGGACUCUGCGGAGGGUGCGUGUAAACCGGGCCUGGCGUCAAGCGAAGCACUGGACACAAAAACUCCCUCCAACCAUGAGCAGCAGUCUGCGACGGGGCCCCCGUUGACCGCCCUCACACAGGGGCUGGAACUCGCUCCGCAGGCAAGCAGCGACUCCCCGCCGGCCCAGAGAUCAAAGGAAUCCUCUCCGAUGGCCCGGGCGCCAGUUCCCCCUGUCGUGCGUCCACUAGACUUGCGUGCGCUUCGGAAGUGA